AUGUCUACCACUAAACCACAGGAUACCAUCAAAGCCAAUUGGAGGGCCUUCGUGGCUAUCGGCGUGAUCAUCCUCUCGCCUUUUCAAUAUGGACUCGACUUCGGGUUGAUCGGUGGGCUGCAGGCCAUGCGUGGCUUUCUCGAGGUCUUCGGCCAUAGAGCACCCAACACACCUAUCGGAUGGAACCUCUCGCCCGUCCGCCAACAGCUGAUCUCGUCCCUCAUGACCCUUGGUGCUUUCAUCUCUUCCGCAUUCAUCGGUAUUGCAGCCAAGAAGUUUGGACGCCGGCAGUGUCUGUGGGCGGCGUGUGUCCUCUGCUGCGUCGCCAAUGUUAUCAUGAUGGCUACCACGAACAUUGGAGCACUAUACCUGGGCCGACUACUUAUCGGCCUUGCUAACGGCUAUUUGAUGACUGCUAGUCAGCUGUACAUCCAAGAGUGUAGCCCUCCUCAGUUCCGUGGCCUCUUCCUUUCGGCGUUCCAGUUCUUCACGUCGUUCGGAACUCUGAUUGGGACCAUCAUCAACUGGGCAACGGCAAAGCGAGACGGCAGGUCGGCCUACUUGAUUCCACUGGGUCUCAUCUACGUGGUGCCCAUCUUCAUCUUCAUCGGAAUGUUUUUUAUUCCAGAAAGUCCUCGCUGGCUCAUCCUGCAAGGUCGCUAUGAAGAAGGCUACAAGUCCCUGCUCUGGCUCCGCCCGGAAGGCGCCGACGUCGCAGCCGAGGCUGAGACGAUCCGUGACGCUAUCGAGCGAGAGCAGGAGAUGGGCAGGGGUGUCGGCAUCUUCGACAUGUUCAAAGACCCCGUCGAUCGUCGUAGGACCGUGCUUGCUGUGUGUGCUGUUUCGUUACAGGCUGCUUCUGGCGCUAUGUUCAUCAUUGCAUACAAAGCAUAUUUCUUCGCUAUGGCGAAAGUGGACAAUCCAUUCGGCAUCUUGGUCGCCAUCAUCAUCAACUCCCUCAUCGUCGUGCGCUACGGACGCAGACGUGUACUCUUGAUGACAGGCCUUAUCGGAUGCGGCUUCAUCCAGCUGAUCGUCGCUCUUGUGUACCAACAGCAGCCUGGUAAGCCCUCGACCGGCAAGGUCAUCGUGGGACUGUCUUGUAUCUACAUGAUGCUGUAUAACGGCAUGAUCGCUACCUACGCAUGGCUAUCCGGAGGCGAGAUCCCUUCGCAGCGGCUGCGCUCCCAUACUUUCGGCCUGGCAGCCGCGAUCGGCUUCGCCGGAGCAUGGCUGACCACGUUCACCGCGCCGUACUUCAUCAACCCUGAUGCAUUGGCAUGGGGGCCGCGCUAUGGCUUUAUUUGGUUCCCGUCUUGCUUGAUCGCUGCGGCAUGGGUCUACUUUUGUCUGCCCGAAGUGAAGAACAGGACUUUGGAGGAAGUCACGGAAAUGUUCGAGGCCCGCCUCCCUGCCCGAAAGUUCAGGACUUACAAGACGCGAGCUCAGCUGCCUGCUGUGGACGAUGAAAAGCUGAGUCAGCAAGGUGUGCAGGUCGAAGACGUCGUGAGCAGCAAUCCGAAGGCGACUGCCGAGGUCCAGGUUGCAACUGCUUGA